AUGAAAAUGGCAUCUCCAUAUGAAACUAAAAACAACUUUGAAGUAGGUACAUCUCAGCCAUCUGGUCCAGCAUGCCCCAAAAAUGUAAAAGAUUUUGAGGACAUCAAGGGACACACUUCAGAGGCUGUGUUUCAUCAGACUAGGGCAUUAGGGAAAUUGAAGGAAAGUGGAGAUGAUUAUAUAUCUGCUUCUAUAAAUGGAAAACAGAACUCCUCCUUUCUCAUCGAAGAUGAAAAACAAGCUUCGUCUGACAACAACAUACCCAAGAGGAUGGAGAAUGGUUAUCCUCCUCCAGUCGUCUCUCAUCAGCUAGAGGAAGUCUUGUCGGUGGCCAUGUUUAAUGACUGUGAAAAAUCGUUACCAGGGAAAAUUACAACACAGGACUUCUCUAGCACAGUAGAAGUCUUAAAGCCAGCCAAAGGCAAAUUUAUUAGAGAAGUCAAAUGUGGGACUUUCAAUGUGCAAGUGGAAACCACAGAAAACACUUUCUGUAAAACAGGAGCACAGUUCCUCACAAAAAGGCGAUGUCCAACAUGUCACCAACAGUAUUCCAUCCAGCAAGUAUGGAGAGCCUCCAAAUCUCGGCGUCGCUUCUCGAAAUACAGGUCUGUAUGGGCAGAAGAAUUCAAACAUAGGGUUCCCUCUACACAAGUAAGAGAGAUUUCUAGAAGUGAGGUCCCUUCAAUGAACAUAAGCAUUGUAGGAAAAGAAAUUGUGGUUAAAUACGUAAGUAAAGAACAGAACAUAUCCAUCAAUGUAUCUCAUCUUAAAAGCAUAGGAAAAUCGGCAAAACGUAGCAGAGGUUCCUUGAAUCACACCACGAAUGGACCCCGUGAGUCUCCUUCACAGCCUGGCAUAAAUCUCGUGGAAAAACAGAGGCCUGGAAACCAGAACCAGAAUUCAGAGGCUUUGCCUGAUGCUCCCUGUAGUGUGAAUACUGACCAGAAAAAGAAUUCAGACACAGUCGUGGCUUCUCUAAGCUCACCUCCCAGGAGAGAGACAAAGAAACCCAGCACACCACCUUCGGCCCUGAGUGACUCUGAAGAGAGAGAUUCUGAUACCUCUCAGCAGAAGGUCUUACAAAUGACUCAAGACAAGCCCCUGGGGCUGCACGGCUUCACAGCUGACACUUGCCUUCCUCCCUCUUCGGAAACCUUAAGGAUCACAAGUUUAAGUAAUGGGGAUUUAAGUAAAAUGUCUUUUGAGGAUUGUAGGGAUGUGGAUGAAGAGAGAAAAAGCAGCUCUGAUGUCAGGGAAAAUAUCACCUCAGAAUCCCAAGUACCGCUCUGCACAGCAGGAACAAAUGGUCCCCUAAGUGCCAUGGGCGGCAUGCUUCCCGUUCAAGAUGCCUCAGAAUCUGAGUUUUGUCCUUUGUCUUGUUUAACCUUGCAGCUCUUGGGAGAAAAAGCAGAAAGCAUUGGCUGCAGAGGUGACAGAACUCUGCCAGGAGAAGGCUAUGAGAGCUCAAAUUCUAUAUCCUCUGUCAGCAAAGAGGCUACAAAAGCUUCUCCUUUACUCAGUCCAUCUCACUGGGGCACCAGAUGCUCAAAACCCGGAGAGACUCCUGGGAGCACAUUUUCCUGUAGCCAAUACAUUGAGUUUGAGACAGAGCAAGAGAAAGUACAUUGUAGAGAUAUUCACAAGGCUGUUUUGCAUAGCAACUCUUCUGCAAACACACAACCGCUAGAAAGGAAGACCCCACGGAGUCCCGCUGUCAGGACCGCAUCCUGCAGCAGUCUAAUCUCGAAGAGCUCACUUCAUGGCGAUAUUCGCAGCUCUGUGGAAUGGGAUCAAACGGAGGGUCAUGCACGUCAUGUAGGGAGGGCAGGCCUCAGCAGAACGGAAGUGCCAGCCGCGGCCUUCGUAACUGAUGAGCUAGAACAGAGACUCACUACUCAAAAUGACAAAGAAGGCACAGUUGAUUCUAACUCUCCCGUGGCAAUACAAAACCCUGGAGAGUCGACCAGCUGUCUGGAAAACGUCGAAGACGACACAUGCCAGGCUCCAGCCGUGGUGGAGAAUGCAUGCCACCAAGAUUUCGAAGACUUAACUAGUGAGAAUCAAAAUGAAGUCGGCUCUCAAAUGAAAUUUGCCCAAAACUCUACUGAGUCUGCCUGUGUCGGACACACUACAGAAAAGCUGUUUCUUCUUGAUAAGACACUAACCAGUGAUGAAGACCCAACCAGUAAUGGAGACCGCGACAUCUGUGGACUGAGCAACUUCCGACAGGAGCCAGCAGAGUGCCAAAGGACCGUGCCAACGGUGCACCCUGAGGAAAAUGGAAAUGAAAGGACCUUCACAGAAGCUUCCUACCACCCUGUGGACAUACCGUUGUCACCUCAGAAGCAUAAGGCCCUCAAAGAUCAGAAUUUGGAGAUCAAUAACCCCCGGAAGCUCUCACAGGAAUUGGCUCUAAGGGGCGGAAGAGCCAGCGAUGGUUCCCAGGAAGAAGCAAUAGACCAGUGGGCUAGAAGGAGGCAGCAGUUCAAAGACGGCAAGAGAUGCAGCUCAGCUGGGGGCAGUUCUGUCAUCAGCAACUUCACUGAAGGCUCCGUCACCUCAGACGAUGCCCCUUCUGUGGAUUUUGGCUUUCGGGGAGUUGAUAUUGAAGAAAAAGGAUUCUACACAGAGAAUUUCCAUUCAACGGCAUGGGUUUUCCGAGGUGAUGAUGGGAAUCCCGAAGACAGCCCCAGGUGUCUUAGUAAAAAGCCAAGACCAGUAGCUGUUCGUGAGCGGACUGUGAGACUAUUCAAAGGAACCGGAGAUUAUCCCUGGGGAUUCCGGAUUCAGUUCUCCAAACCAAUCGUGGUAACCGAAGUGGAUACCAACAGCGCUGCUGAGGAAGCCGGACUCCAGAUCGGAGACGUGGUGCUGUCUGUCAAUGGCACUGAGGUCACCAGUGUUGAGCAUGCAGAAGCUGUGCACCUUGCAAAGAAAGGUCCAGACAUCUUGACUAUGGUUGUGGGAUCCGACAUCAGCCGCUGUCCUAAUACCCCGUGGCCCACCUGCCGGGGUUACCUGCAUAAGAGGACUCACUCCGGCUUCGUGAAGGGCUGGAGGAAGAGGUGGUUUGUGUUGAAGCACGACGGCUUUCUCCUCUAUUACAAACACAGAAAGGAUGAAGGGAAGUGGCCACCUGUAGAUGUAAUAAAAUUAGAAGGAGCAGAAGUUGAUAUCGACAACAGCUUGGGAAAACCAUUUGUGUUUAACUGCAUGCCUCAGUCCGGAAGUAAAACAUUCUGCCUCUGUGCGACUUCAAACCAGGAGAUGAAGAGGUGGCUUGAGGCAAUGCAGAAAGCAGCCCGUCCUGUCCGCCAGAACCACGUCUGGGAAGAUGUCACAGCGCACAACAGCAGCCUCCCGCCUCUGGCUAUCAAGCACCCUGAAUGUCUGGGCCUUCUGCACCAGCUGGAGAAAAGCACUGAUGUAUGGAUCCAACACUACUGCAUCCUGAAGGAUGGCUGCUUGUACUUCUAUGCUAGCAUCCGCUCUACUCAGGCGUCUGGUGGCCUCUACCUACAAGGGUACAGCGUGAGCGAGCAAACCCACGGCUUUGAGCAGCCGGUGAUUGAGCUCAGACCUUCAUCCGAGGAGUUCAAGACUUUCUACUUCUGUGCAGAAAAUAAAACAGAAAAUCAGCGCUGGAUUGCAGCUUUGAAAACAUCUAUCAAAAAAUGGCUUCCUUUGGACCAAGCUAUUCAGGAGUUCAUGAAUCGACCUCUAGAGGAGACCAGAAUGUGAAGAAACUUGAACUAAAAAGACAGAUUCCAUGAGGCUGCUCCCAGCUUGAGGAAAGAGGCAAGGCAUUUCUCUCCAGUGUCCUGAAUCACAGUUGUUCAAAUGAAUCUACUCCUUACGUUCGUAAAUCUUGGAGCAACUUCCUGAUAUCAGUGUUCGAGUGCUGCACUUAUGUCAAACCUCUGAGACUUACAUUUGCAUCUGCAUAGCUUAGUCCCCUCUUUCUAGCCCUUGAAAGCAUAAAUAAACAUGUAUUUGUCUUAUUUUU